AAAGCUUCUGGCUUUUGAAACCCGUCUUUUUUCUGUUUCAACUUGAAGCGGUUCCAAUGAGCUACGGUUAAUUACUUCAGAUGGUUCAGCAAACCAUAGAUUCUAAAUUUAGUGAAUAUGGGAUGGGAGCUACCGAAUCCGAAUUGCCUGUUCAUGAUAAGCAACUGUCAGUUCCUGUAAAGAAGACUGCGUUAAGAGAUCUGCAAAAUGAUAUUAGAGUUGCAAUGCCCAACUCUUUUGGGAACUCUCCUCUAUUAAAGGAUGGAGGACACAUUAGUAAUGCUCCUAGAGUUUCGGGCACCAAGAGACCUUUACCUGAACCUGAGUGCCCGAUGAGCCUUCCUCAACACCAGCUCCCCAGUAGCAGUGCUGCAAAUGGGCAUCUUGUCUAUGUUCGUAGAAAGUCGGAAGCAGAUGUAGUCAGAAGUAGUACUUGUGAUAAUGCAAGCAUUAAUGCUGAUUGUCAGGUAUCAAGGACGCUUAGUCACCACGAGGCAAGCACCCGACCCAGUCACCACGAGACAAGCACCCGACCCAGUCACCAAGAGGCAAGCGCCCGACCCAUAUUCCAAACAAAGGAGUCAAAAGUUUAUUGCAUUCCGGCUUUUGCACCUUUUCCGAUGUCAGCUUCAACCAUCCAGCCUGGAAAACCUUCAGUUAGUGCCCCACAUUGUAAGUCUGGUAUAAGAAUAGCACCAUCAGGAUCCAAUCCCCUUGCUUCUGCUACCCAAACAUUGGCUGGUUCAAAGGGACUCAGAAAUCUGCACUGGGAAGCGCGAUGUCAUCAAUUGCAGUUGCUAUUAAGGAAAUUGGACCAGUCAGAGCAAGAGGAUUAUCUCCACAUGCUGCGGUCGCUCUCCUCAGUUGACCUGAGCAGACAUGCAGUUGAGUUGGAAAAGAGAUCAAUUCAGCUUUCGCUGGAGGAAGCAAAAGAAUUGCAGCGUGUUGGGUUUCUGAAUGUUCUAGGGAAACCUGCGAAGCAAUUCAAAGUACCGUCAACUCAUCAAGACCGAUCAGAUAAGUGAAAGGACACCAGGGAGGAGGGGGUAAUUGUGAUGCUCAGUAAAUUGCUGCUGGAUAGAAGUGUGCCUACCAGUUUCUUUUACACUGGUUGCAUCUUUUCUGCAGUUGGUUUGCUGGUAUUCACUGCAAGUCUGUAAUAUUCAGCCUAUCGUAUAUACUGUAAUUUUCUUUUUUUGGUAUCAGCUGUAUCCAAAGCUGCUGAAAAUGAUUGAAUUGUAACUGUUGAAAAAAAUGUAAAAGAAAAUUUGUCAAUUGUUAUGAUGCUAUCUUAAUGCUUCGUUGGUACAGCUUCUGA